AUGCCCGGAAGUCCAAGAUUACUCACAAGACGUUCUUUCCGUCGUACCGUCAGCACGCCAAUCACAACACGUAAACGAUCUCGAUCGAUCUUUGAUAAUUGUGAUCAGUCGGAGAAUGGUGAAAGUGCUGAUACGAUUGUUGAAUUGCGAUUGCCAUCAUCUCGACCUCGCUUGAAUGCUUCUCAAGGAUCAACAGAUGAAGAAUUGGCAAGCGUGUUCCAUUCCAGUCAAGCAACACCCAUGUCUGAAGUAUUUUCAUUGAUGGGAAGUGAGACGGCAAUGAGCAGUCCUAUUUCACGAUGCACGACACCGGAAGCAUCAGAAGCAGAAGAUGAGAAAGAGCAAGAUGCAGACUCGGAGGAAGAGACAUCAAAGUACACCAACAUCUUUGCUCAUGCUCGUGCAUUGUUGCGAUAUGGAUCAGAUCCAAACGUACACAUUGUUGGACGUGAACGUGAACGAGGAGCAAUUCAACGAUUCAUGCAACAACGAUUUGGCUUGUUUGCACAUAUGGAACGAUCAGCAAUGCCUCAAGGAGAUUCAUUGUGCACAGACAUGAACGGAGCCAUGGACGGAGGAAGCUUGUAUGUUUGUGGUUUGCCUGGAACGGGUAAGACUGCAUUGAUUCGCUCAGUUAUGGCUGACAUUCAACAAUCACAAGAGUUCUUGCGGGACAAUGAACGUCUGCAAGUUGCAUUCAUCGAUUGCAUGACCAUUCAACAUCCUCGUGAACUGUUCAGACGUAUUUUGAAUGUUUUUCACGGUGACAAGUCAGUUUUACCAAGCGGGGAAGCUGGUGAUGCAGAAGCAGAACGUCAAGUGACCACAUUGGUGAAAGAUCAAAAGAGGCAAACAUUGAUCGUGUUGGAUGAAAUUGAUCACCUCUUACGCAGUAGAGUUCAUCAAAAUAUCUUGUACCGUUUGUUCUCAUGGCCACAAAAGGAUUCAAAAGCAUGUGCUUUGAUCGGGAUUGCAAAUUCACUCGAUCUUACCGAACGUUUUGUACCGCUUUUGGCUAGCAAAGGCGCUGCUCCUGCCGUUCUCAAUUUCCGACCUUUUGAGGCUGAAGAGAUCAAGACUGUAAUUGGAUCACGUCUUGCUCUGCUUCAAUCGAGUUACAGCGCUGAAACAAGAGAACAAGAUGGUGAACUACAAGAGCAAAAUGAUGAUGAGACCGUUCCACUGUUUGUACCUGCUGCUUUCGAAUUGGUUGCACGUAAGAUUGCUGCAGCUACAGGUGAUCUUCGUAAAGCGUUGGAUGCAUGCAGAUUGGCAGUUGAAUUGGUAGAACAAGAAACGAUUCGCAAAUCUACCUCGACUGCUGCACCAAUCGACAUUACCAGCUUAACACCGACAAAUGCUCCUAAAAUCACACCUGCGCAUAUUCUCAAAGUUGUUUCGACCGUUUUGGGAAGUCCACAAUUGAACAAGAUUCGUGGAUUAGGCUUGCAACCAAAGCUGAUCUUAUUGGCUCUUCUCGUUGCGCAAAAGCGAAGAGGGUAUGGAUUGAACGUUCUUGGUGGAGGAAGUGGUAAUGGCGUGAACAAAUCCGUUAUGGGUGUUUGUUCAAGCAAUGGUGAUGGUACACUAAUGUGCGAAAUCGAAAGCACAUAUUCGGCCAUCUUGAAAAAUGACGAUUUCCCUAUUUUGGAAAGUUCUGAAUUGAUUGAUGUCAUGGAGGGUUUAGAAGUUGAAGGAAUCGUCAAGAUUACCAGCGUCAACGGAAGCUCUAUCAAUUCAUCUUCUAGUAAUACUCGUGUUGGAGGAGUUUCUCCAAGUGCAAAACGUGCAGCAAAGAGGCAAUUGUUAGCUUCUUACCGUCGAAUGGAAUUGACUAUGUCAUCCGAAGAAAUCAUUCGUGGUAUAAUGACACCGCCACCUGCCUCAAUGCAAUCGCAAUCAAACGCAUCUUUCUCAAAUACGAUUGUCAUUGAAGCGAUCAAACGAAUUUGGCAAAGGGAAGAAAAGAAUGCAGAAAGGGCAAAAGGAUGGGAAAAAGUAGCAGAAGAAGCGCAAAAAGUACGGGAUAAUGAAUUAGGAGGAGGAAGAGGCGCUUUGGGUAUUUGA